CGAAUUUCGUUCGUUUUCGUUUGAAUUUGAAAUAAGGUUUUGCAAGGUUCUUCAACACAUCGACUUGUGCUAGAACUUUAAUUACAGUUUUAUUAUUGAUCAAAACGUCAACUAAAGUCUUUUGCCAUUAAUAUAUCUUUAAACAUGACUGAUAAAAGCCACAAGUCAAGACUUACAUCUUACAAAAAUGUUGCCCAAGGAACAAAUGAAUUACGCCGUAAGAGAGCAGAACUUAGUGUCACCCUUAGGAAGCAAGCCCGGGAUGAUCAACUCUUGAAGCGAAGAGCUCUAUCCCCUGAUGGCAGUGAAGAAGUACAGUCUGACACUCCAUUGCCCACACCGGAAGAAAUUGUACAAGGUCUUAAAUCCAGCAAUGUAGCCGUCAGGGUGACAUCUGCGCGUGCAGCGCGGCGCAUCCUUUCCAAAGAGAAAAACCCACCCAUCACUACCAUGGUGAAUGCCGGAGUUAUCAAGCCACUGGUCGAAGCUCUUGACAGGGAUGAUUGUCAAGAUUUACAGUUUGAGGCAGCUUGGGCACUUACCAAUAUAGCAUCUGGCACACAUGAACAAACCAUGGCAGUAGUUGAUGGUGGUGCAAUCCCCAAACUAGUGGGAUUACUAGCCCGUGGUGGCACAGUAGGUGAACAGAGCGCCUGGGCACUGGGCAACAUUGCGGGUGACGGCGCCGCCACGCGUGACUUAGUGCUGUCCGCUGGCGCCCUGCCGACUUUACUGCCGCUCCUCAACCCCACCACACCACCCAGCCAGCUUAGGACUGCCGUCUGGACUUAUAGCAACUUCUGCAGGAAUAAGAAUCCGUUAGUUAAGUUUGAGUACGUUGCCCCGGCGUUGACUUACAUGUCAAAACUCCUAGAAAUAUCGGACCAAGAUGUACUCGCGGACGCAUGCUGGGCGCUGUCAUACCUAACGGACGGGCCCAACGAGCGCAUCGAGGCGGUGCAGAAUACUCCGCAGCUGCUAGCGCGUCUCGUGCGCCUGCUGGACCACGCCUCGCCCGCUGUGCGCACACCCGCACUGCGCGCCAUUGGCAACAUGCUCACCGGCUCUGAUGACCAGACGGACCGUUGUCUCGACGCGGGCACGCUGGACUACUUAGCUGGACUGCUGCGGUGCGGCAAGCCUUCGCUAAUGAAGGAAGCGGCGUGGGCCGUCAGCAACGUGCUGGCCGGCACGCAGCAGCAGAUCCAGCGCGCUGUCGACAAGGGCAUCCUCGGUCAUCUUAUGUACGUCCUGUCCUGUGAUGACGUCAAGUGUCAAAAAGAAGCUGCAUGGGCGGUGACAAACUUAUGUCUGGGCGGGUCUCCGGCGCAGCUGGAUGCGCUGGUCAGCGUCGGCUUUCUCGAGCCAUUCUGCGCCCUGCUCGGCUCACCAGACCAGCGUGCUAUUACUGUCGUACUGGAUGGACUUACACACUUCUUGCAGACUGCGGCCAAGUUUGGUCAGGUAGAGCGCCUCUGUCUACAACUGGAGGAGAUCGGAGCACUUGACCGUAUUGAAGCUUUACAGGAACAUGAAAACGAACAGAUAUUCAAGAAAUGCUGCUUUAUCCUGGACAACUACUUCAUAGACCAGGAGGACCAGAUGGCACAGCCCGAGCAGACAGAAGAGGAAUUCCAGUUCGGAUCUGGAGCCGACAAUCGGAACUUCAACUUUUGAACAAUUAAAAAAAAAUGUUAGUAAAUGUAUCAAAAAUCAAAUUAAACUAGAAAGUAAGAAAAAUUUAAAUGGAACAUCUUUUAUAUAUUGGUUUGUUAUUGUCUAAAACUGUUUUUGUAGGACAUUCAGUAGUAAAAACUCUCCAUGUUUUGGCUUUCAAUGUUAUUUUUUAAACCAUUUGUUGGUUGUUUUUACAAUUAAAAAUAUGGUUAAA